CUAACACGAUGAAAGAAAUUAGAGAAGUUUGGGGUUCCAACGUUGAUUCAGAGCUGCAGUUCUUCAGUCAGUGUUUAGAGCGAUUUAAUUUCUUUUCUUUCGACACUGAGUUUCCGGGUUUUCUUCGAAACAGUCCUCGAGAUGUGCCAGAAUCUCUACGCUACAGUGAUUUGAAGUUUAAUGUUGAUUCGAUGAAGAUUAUCCAACUGGGCAUCACACUUUCAGAUGGUGAGGAUAAUAUAUGUUCUACUUGGGAGUUUAAUUUUAGUGAUUUUGAUUUGGAGAGAGAUGCACAUGCCGAGGAAUCAAUCGAUCUUUUGAAGAAGUGUGGAAUCAAUUUCGAAAAGUUCAGAAAAGAUGGAGUUUCAAGCAAAGUCUUUGUGCCCAAAUUCUUGCAUAUUUUGUCACGGUAUAGAAAUAUAAAGUGGGUGACUUUCCAUGGUCUCUAUGAUUUAGCCUAUGUUAUGAAAUUGUUAUUGAACAAACCCAUGCCAAGAUCUUUAUUUGAGUUUGCGGAAGUGGCAUCCAUGGUCUUCGGGUGUGUGUUCGAUAUAAAAUUCAUGGCGAAACACUGUAAUGGAUUACUGGGUGGUGAGAUUGGAUUGAAUAGUGUGGCGAAAAUAUUAGGCGUUGAGAGAAAAGGUGUGACUCACAAUGCUGGUUCUGAUAGUCUCCUCAGUGCCACUGUUUUUGCAAGAAUGAAGAUGAUGCCUGGGUUUCAAGAAGGAGUUUUUAGUGGAUGCUUAUAUGGUAUCAGUACUCGUAUUGGAAGACGUAUGAAGAUGGUUCUUCCUCGCUAUUCUCAACCGAUGAUUUUAGCUCCAGUCAGGCAGCCUUCAGCAGUCAUCUUUUGUGCAAGACCAGUCAUUCGUCCCUUACCAGUUAUUUGUCCUGUACCCAUGACUAUUUUGUAG